AUGGAACAUUGGUUUCUUUAUGAGAAACAAGAUGACGGAAGUAGGAAGCUGGUUGGAUCGUUGAAGAAGACGGAACCACUUAUAGAAAGAAAAUGGAACCUUGAGGGACAUAUUGGGGACACGAUCUCUAGCAGUGAUUUGGUGCUGCUCUUGAUAUCCGAUGCAGCUCAGCUACAGGAUUGGCUAUAUUUAUCAAUGAAUCACUUAGUUCCAACUUCACUUUUGAUUCUUUCCAGUUCUCUUGCUGUUAACAAAGCUUUCACGGCAUCAGCAAAGUUGAAGCCAAAGGAAACCAUUGGAGCUACACUCUCUUCUCUUCCAGAUGAGGUUGUAAAUGCUAUUGGCAUGGAAAAGUUGUCAUUUGAAGAUUAG